UAAAAACUUUAGCUCCACGCAAUGUAUAAAUGGGCUCGGUCUAUUGGGCCCAAUGUUUUGUCCACACACAGACAUAUAAAUGGUCCUUAAAACUAGCGCAGCCGCAUCGUAGAAAGCUGCAUCCUCCGUUUAGGGUUUCACCAAGUCGUCUUCGCCGCAUUUCCACAAGCAGCCAUGGUUCUCCAAAAUGACAUCGAUCUCCUCAACCCUCCAGCUGAGCUGGAGAAGAGAAAGCACAAGCUCAAGCGUCUCGUGCAAUCUCCUAACUCCUUCUUCAUGGACGUCAAGUGCCAGGGAUGCUUCAACAUAACAACUGUGUUCAGCCACUCUCAAACAGUUGUUGUGUGUGGAAACUGUCAGACUGUUCUGUGCCAGCCCACCGGUGGUAAAGCCAGACUCACUGAGGGAUGCUCUUUCAGGAAAAAGUGAAAAUCAUCAUCUUUUCUAAAAUGCUGCUGUGAUAUUCAGUUGUUGUUAUUGUUCUUGUGACGUUUUUUUAAUUUUCUUAUGUGUAAGAUUUUGAAGACAUGAAACUACAAGUUGAGUUAUUAAUCCUUUGCUUUCUUUUACUUUAAAUCAAAUCAAAGGCUGUGCUUCACUUG